GGUUUGGGCAGUUUGUGGUUAGUGUGGAUCAAGAUUUUCAUAUUUAUUUGGACUCGGAGUGUUUUUGGAGAUAUUUGUUUGGCUCAUAGUAUGGCCGCUUUGAACGAUCGCGACAUGUCUGCAGCAAAAAUUGUCCUGGAGGGACCAAGUUCUGAAGACUUGCGUGGUCAACUCAAACAGACGCCCAGUACUUCUCCACAGCUUGAGCAUGUAGAUGAUUAUGAGCAGUCAGCAAGCCCUUCUAUAGAUAUGGCUCAUCCCCAAGCAAAGACAGGUCCUCAAGAUGAGAGGCAAACUUACAUUCAUUCAGCUGAUCCUUCUCCUGAUAAGCAGCAUUAUCAACUACUAGUAACUAGCCCUGUUGUUGAGAAACAGAGUGUUUGUUCAUCAUCUGCAUGUGGAGCAGAGCAUCCUGUUGAGAAAGAGAAUAAUCAUCCCUCUUUGACUGUUCAUACUGUUGAGAAGCAGAAUGAUCAACAGACUGAAGGAGCCAAAGAGAAAACAGCAUUAUCGAUUUCCAAAAACAUCAAGCAAGAGCCAGUAGAUUUCAAAGUGAAAGAAGAACCAAUAGAUUUGGAUGAUACAAUUAAUAAUCAGAGUCAUAUUAUUUCUGAUGAUGACGAUGAUGAUGACUGCAUCAUACUACUUGAUGUAAUCCCAGGUGAUAAAACAAGAAAAGAGAAACCUAAAGUUGCUUCUGAUGUAACAGAUAUUGUUAUUAUCAGUGAUGAUGAAGAUGAUGAGAAGGGAGAUAAACCUUCUACCAGUAUUACUUCUCAAAAUCAAACACCCCAAGAAACAGUUGUAGCAGAACAGGUAACCGACCCUUCGCCAAGUUCAGAUCAUGUUCAACUGGAGCAAGUGAAGCCUCUCUCAGAUGCCCUGCCUUCCUUAGAUAAACUUCCUAAUGAGGUAGCAGAUCCUAUCAAUAAAGCUGUUUGUGAAGUUGUUAAAGAACUUGCAAAUCCUAACCCUCCUAGCCCAAGUAAUGGUCAUGAUGAAUCUUCCAUUUUAACAGAACUUACAGAAGCAAAUGCUGUUUCCUCAAGCUCGACUGCUGAUUUUAGUCAUGUUCAACUGGAGCAAGUGAAGACUCUUCCAGAUGCCCCGCCUUCCUUAAAUAAUCUUCCUAAUGAGAUUGUAGAUCCUAUCGAUAAAACUGUUUGUGAAGUUGUCAAAGAACUUGCAAAUCCUAACCCUCCUCGCCCAAAUGAUGUUCAUGAUGAAUCUUCCAUUUUAUCAGAAGCAAAUGCUGUUUACUCAAGCUCUUCAGAUGAUAUUGAUGCUCCUGAGGAUGCAGCCCUAGGUUGGACAGAGGACAAAGACAUAUCUGUCCCUGAACCUGGUAAAGAAAGGGAUCUAAUUGGUGUUCAAGCUGAAUGUGAUGUGGAUCCAGGACCUAAAGAGAAUGUGGAUCCUGGACCUGAAGAUGAUGUGGAUCGAGGACCUGAUGAUGAUGUGGAUCCAGGACCUGAAGAUGACAGUGAGAUGAUGAGUGAUGGCUUUGACAGUGAUGGAUGGGAGGUUGGUAGUGAUGACUUAGAUAAUGAGAAGACAAAUACAAACACUGGAACUGAUUCUGAGCAGAAUGUGAAGGAAAGUGACCUGACUAUAAGACAAGAUACUGUCGAUGCCAACUCUGAAACAGUUCAAAUAACUCCAACAAAUUUGGUCCGGGCCUCCGGAAAAGGCAAUAGUCUUGUACCAGUUGGUAUAACUCCAGUGGAUCCGGUGAUUCCGAUCCCUACCUCCAGUCAAGACAAUAGUCUUGUACCAAUUGGAAUAAUUCCUAUAGCUUCAGAGAUGAUUCCAGAAUCAAGGGUGGACACUGAAGUGUUUGAUACAGCCGAGUCUGUGCCACCAAUAGGAAGCGAGAUCGAUGUACCCUUGGAGUCGUGUGGAGUAGCUUCUGACCAUAAACCUCCUCAGGGCAGUGUCUCUCUUGCUUCUGCUGGUCGUAUGGAUGAUAAUCUGACUAAAGAGGCAGAGCAGACUAUAAGAUCUUCAGUUACCAGGAGCAAGCUUAGAUCAUGCUUAUCCAACACUUUGAUGAAAAGCCUACAGGAGAAUGAAACUCCCAGUGGAAAGUCAGUUAAAAAACACACACGUGAUAAUCCAGUCUUUAAUUGUCACCUUUGUUUUCAGUCAUUCGACAAGAAGAAGUUACUGGAAAAACACCUUGUCAGUCACCCAAAAGUCACACGUAUCAUGUGUAAGUAUUGCAACACUUCAUAUCGAAAUAUGAAAGGUCUUGAAAAACAUAUAAAGCGCUGCUACUGGAAGAGGAAAAUGAAGAAGAGUCCAAAUAAGAAGGUGCUUAGUGAUGUCUCUAAGAUUCAGAAGGAGGAAGUAGAUCCCUCUACUCCUGAAAAAGAGCGUAGGAAGCUGGAAUUUACAUCUGUUAAGAAAGAAUAUCCAAACCAGCAGAAUACAAAACCUGACAUCAAGGGUAAAAUUUGUAAUACAGUAUUGCCCUCAUCAAGGAAGCAUGGGCAGGGAAAAAAAGAUGUCAAAAAUUCAAAGGUUCAAGUCAAACAAGAACUGAACAAUCAAAAGACUAGAAAGAAAAAUCUCAAAGAUGAAAAUCUGAAAGAUAGUAAAAAUACAAAGAGUGAAUCUUUAGUUUAUGUCUGUCCCAGAUGUCAUGGCACUUUCACUAGCAUGUUUAAAGCUAAGAGGCAUAUGCACAUGACACACAACACAACCAGUAUGGAGUACAGAGGGGAGGAAAUUAGAAUACUGCCAAAGGAAGAGGCUAUUCAUCUCAUCUAUUAUUGCAUAAAAUGUAAAGAGUCUUUCCGAUCACGGUUCCUCUUUAAUCGUCAUAAAAGUACAAUUAGGGGGAAGAAAAAAUGUGAGAAACUCUUCCAGUGUAAUGUGUGCUACAAACAUUUUGAGAAGAAAGUAGAUUGUGCUAUGCAUAUACAGGAACACUUAGGAUCUACAGAAUCUAGGAAGAGAAAAAGAGGGUCAUCAAGUUCUAAUGAACAUCAUUCCGGUAACAAAAGAGCCAAAAUCAGUGGGGGAUUCAAAUGCAAGCAUUGUAAAAAGACAUUUGAGUUUGAAUAUCUGUGUGCUAAGCAUGAAAUAACACAUACGGACACUGAUCCUUGGCAUUGCUAUAUCUGCUUUAAGAUCUUCUAUCUGAAGUCGUCCAUUACAGCUCACAUGGAUAGAGUUCAUAAGGAAGCAUCUUAUUGCAAAAAGUGCUUCUGUUUAAUUGCAAGCAAGGAUAAAAGGCUAUGUAUUGACUGUAACAAAAGAAAACGAGGUAGUGCACUGAAGUGCAGCAUAUGUAAGACAGAGUUUGCUAACCCCUCAGAUCUAACCUGUCAUAUUUUGACUCAUGAUGAAUAUGGAGGAGAAUCCACAGUUAGAAUGGCCCAAAAGACCUCGGUGGUGAAUUUGGACUCCAAAUUUCAGAAUUUGCCCCAUACUUCAGUUAAAAAAAAUCCUCCUCCAUCUAAGGAAAAGGAUAGUCCAGUUAUAAAGCAUUAUACCAGGGCAUACGGUAAAUCACUGCUCACAGAAAAACCCACUACCGAUGCAAAGGCAUCUGCCACUCUUAAUUUUCAUCGUGUGACUAGAUCCAAGGGUGGUUGUUCGAAACUAGAAGCACCUACAGUCCAAACUGUACAUCCAUUGAAACAUGCCCAUCGUAAUUAUGAUGUCUGCAUGAAGUGUGGGAAGCAAGACUUACCAGCCAAAGACUUGAGCAAACAUGCUCGGACCCACCUGGAUGUAAGAUCUCGUUUCCAGUGCAAUGCAUGUCAGCAGUGCUUUGGGGACAUGUAUGAGAUUGAGGAGCACAUAUGCGUUUCCUCAAAAAAGGCUGGUAGUUCCUACAAUGUGUCCAACGUGGUGUACAAGUGUCAGUUUUGUGGCAGGGACUUCCAGAAUAUGAUGGAAGCAAGAAAACAUGUGCUCUCCACAAACACCUCAUGUCUGUUGGAAUGCACAGAAUGUAGAGCUGAAUAUUCCAGGCAAGGUGACCUGAUGGUUCAUAUGGUCAGUGUUCAUGGACAGUAUCUAGAGUGUGACAAAUGCUCGGCUCAGUUCACACGGCAAGUUGAUCUGAAUUAUCACAUCAAGCAGCAUGAAGACAUGAGCCAUUAGAAUCAAUAUGCCAAACUAGUUAUGGUUAGGCAAGGUGAUCAUCAAAGACUUGACAUUGUCAGCUGUGUAGUAUUAAAGAGUGUGACAGAUCCAUGAAUAUGUGUGACAAAUACUUAACUUGGUUCACAUGGCAAUUUGAUCAAGUUUAUAUCAGGUAUUAUGAAGAUGAAAGCCAUAAAAUUUGAUUCAUUGUGCAGAAAGGGUUGAUAUGUGAGUGUGAGGUACAGCAACCAUGGAGAGAGUUUACAUGGUCAGGGGCCCGUUUCAUAAAAAGAUACAACUGUUGUAACUUUGCCAUUAUGGCAACUAACAUGGCAACCUUGAUUC